AUGGAGUGUGAGGUUGUGCAGUCCGCCCCUCUUCGCAAGGACCUUCCCGAUUGCGUGGGGCUGGCGACGGCUAUAGAGGUACGAGUGCUACGGGUGCAUAUGGACGACGGUCUACGUAUGCCCGGCUACCCCAACCGCGUGGAUCCAGACCGCUGGAGGCCCCUGAUCAUGAGCUUCCAGGAGCUGUACGGACUGGGUGAGGGGAAGGUGGCAAGCAGUGUUCUGGGGAACGUGUGCGAGGAGAAGUACCGUCCCUGGACGAGGAGCGCAACUGAGACUCUGCUAGGGGACCACGACGAUUGUAUAACUGAAGAAGAGUCCAAGGAGAAAUGA